UUUGCGGUCGCAGAGGGAUGGGGAAGAUUGUGCUGGGUCAAGUCUUGAUACCGGAAGUGUUUCUCCGGGAGCUUGCCACGCCGCUCGCGGUAAAACGUGCGUACAAUGCAAAUCACAUGCAAAGCAGCUGCACUGCGGGGCUUUCAUUGAGUGUAAAACAAGCACAUUUGAGGCUUAGCCAGAUUGUCCCCCGACUCCUCUUUGCACCCAACGGGUCAGAAACUUGCAUCGGUAAAGUAGGCAUUUCUUUCUGCGUACAAAUAAGGCACAGGACCCUUGGAAGCCCCGUUGCGUCAUUAAGCGUCACGGCCCAGCCCCUGUAAGCCAGCGCGGUGGGUGCGUGGGUGCGGCGAGCUGAAGUGGGCGGAGCGAUCUGAGCACCCACCUCCGGUAGGCAGAGCCGUCAGCGGGUGGGCCGUACCGGCGGGGAGGGCAUGGUGCUUCCAGGGCUACGAGUGCUGGGCAGUACAGCCGGUUCGGUGCUCCGUUCAGCGGCUACCUGGACGUGCGCGGCAAGCAGAGCAGGCCGGAAGGCAGCAGCGUGUGGCAGGGCCCGCAGCUUCAGCAGCGCCGCUGUGGCCAUGGCUCCGAUCAAGGUGGGAGAUGCCAUCCCCUCAGUGGAGGUUUUUGAAGGGGAGCCUGGAAAGAAGGUGAACCUCGCAGAACUGUUCAAGGACAAGAAAGGGGUGCUGUUUGGAGUCCCUGGAGCGUUUACACCUGGCUGUUCUAAGACCCACCUGCCUGGGUUUGUGGAGCAAGCUGGAGCUCUGAAGGCCAAGGGAGUGCAGGUGGUGGCCUGUCUGAGUGUUAAUGAUGUCUUCGUGACCGAAGAGUGGGGUCGAGCCCACAAGGCGGAAGGCAAGGUUCGGCUCCUGGCUGACCCCACUGGAGCCUUUGGGAAAGAGACAGAUUUGUUACUGGAUGAUUCUUUGGUGUCUCUCUUUGGGAAUCGCCGGCUGAAGAGGUUCUCCAUGGUGAUAGACAAUGGCAUAGUGAAGUCACUGAACGUGGAGCCGGAUGGCACAGGCCUCACCUGCAGCCUGGCCCCCAACAUCCUCUCACAACUCUGAAGGUGGCUAGAUAAAGGUCCUCUGCCCCUCCCAUCUCUCUCACUCAGCUCUGGGCCAAAUGGGCUAGUGCCCCCUCACGGAGUAGGAGGCACUUAACUAGAGCCUUCGCCGUAUUUCUGCAGUAAACAAUCUAAUUUGUG